GAGAACUAGAUGACGUCAGUUCAAAGUUGUGCUUCAUCAAAGCAAGGUCGACCUUCAAAGUUCUGCUGCUCCUUCACACAUGAGAGAUAGCUAUUGCUUUCGACAGUCUAGCUCAGUUACUCACAAGCUUUUUCAAGCUUAUUUAUUGUCGAUUUGAAAAAAAAAGACGUAAUCACCUGUAUUUUUUUUAUGGACUGCAAUGUGAUGAAACCUCUGCCGGAAUUCACUGUAAUUGCCAACAGAAUGCCUUACAACAUUGAAUACGAUGAACGAGAAAUCUCUAAUAUUCGCUCACAAUGUGAGUGUGAUAAUUGUGGAGACUCUGGUCAUCCCCACCAAGUGUCCACAACUGAAGUUUAUCCCGACAACCCAAAUGGCCUCAUCCUUCUAGAUCAAAAGAACAAAACUAAGAGCUCAUUAGUUUGGGGAGAGGAUAUUACCUUUCUGGAUCAUCGACAACACGCUAACGGAGGAGGCGAAAUGGCCGAUUCCCCACGUUACUCGCAAAUUUCAGAAAUUGUUGACCAAGACAAUAAAUCCAUCCUACAGCGGGAAUUGCAGCAGUGUGACAACGGAAACAACAAACUCGAACUGACCACAAAUAUGGUGACGCUUUCAGAACUUUCAGACAUGAACGUGAUGGAGCCGGACAAGUACAUCAGUCUCUCUGGAUUCAAUUUCUUUCCCAAAGAUGAAGGAACGGAAGAUUUGAACGAUAUUUGCUCCUCAUUAGAUUUAGUUGAUCAUAACCUAGUUGAAACCCACCCCUGUACAGUUGAUGAAAUCCAUCAUUCCAAUGUACCAACCACUUCGACGUCCGAAAAUCCAUCACCUCCAGUCGGCCGGAUGAACCUCCGUCGUACUCGCACCGCCUCACGACGCAUGUCGGCGCUCAACGGAGAUGACAAUUCCUUUUGUAGCCAAUCUGAAGGCAUGAGCGAAAGCAAUAGAAAACGUAACAUGUCAGAACACAGUAUGAUGAGCGCUUGCAGUUACGAUGAUCCAGACAGUCCGUACAACAGUAGCGGACGCAAGAAGAGACGUCGUUACGAGGAGGCACCAUCUGAGGAUCCUGCAUUUGAGAAAAGUCGUAAGAAUGCCAUUAUUGCCAAAAGGAACCGUGAAAAGAAGAAGGCUCUCAUGGAUGAUAUGGAAAAACGGUGUGACAAACUUGUCUAUGAUAACCAGCAGCUAGAGUUUGAUAAUGGAAAGUUGCGUCAUCGCGUCACGACACUGGAAGAGGAAGUCUACUACCUUAAAAGUGUUUUGGCCAAUGAAAGCGCAUUGUCCACUGUCUUGUCGGGUCUCAAGAGUGUCGGCCAUCUUCGCUUUUCCAGCAGCUUCGAUGCGUCGAAAAACAACAAGAAACCGGGAUCAUCGAAAAAUUCGCCAACUUCCAGUCCGCUUAAAGUAUCCGGUGGAGUUUGCCUUCACGUCGAUGGAAACGAAGUUUGCAUGCAGACGUGCGCCAAGUGUUCUAAGUAGAUGGCUUGUGGAGCUCCUCGUUCUAACGAGGUGACGACCUCGAAAACAGUUAACAAGCGGUCUGCUUGAUAUUUUUACCUUUGCAUGUUAAUUUGAUGUUUUGCUCAACCAUUCUUUGUGUAAAAUCUUUUACAAAAUAAAAAAGUGAACUCUG